AUGUCUCAACCUGCGGAUCAUUCCGCAAAGACCCUCGAGUCUUACGGCUGGACUUCGGUCCCACAUGCCACGUCUGUCCUUCUGAAAGACGUCAGUCCGUGGGAUCCCGCUGUUCAUGACGUAACGGAUAUCCAAAUUCCAGAGACCGAACUCGCAAAGAAAGUCCAUGAUUAUGCAAAGAAGCGGCUUCCAGACGAUGUCUACAACCACUCUAUGCGGGUGUACUUAUAUGGCGCCUCAAUCGCCCGAAAGCAUCUGCCUCUGUUUCUGCCCAGUCUAGAAACCUACUACCUAACACGUCUCCUUCAUGAUAUUGGUGCUACCCCGGAAAAUCUUCGCGCAACACUCUUGUCCUUUGAGUUCUAUGGUGGCUACCUUGCGCUGGAUAUACUGAAAGGGUUUGGGGCAUCCAAGGAGCAGGCUGAGAGCGUAGCAGAGGCAGUCAUUCGACACCAAGAUAUUGGUGAUGUUGGUACAAUCACCACCGUUGGACAAUUGAUUCAGCUUGCUACUCUUUUUGACAACGCGGGUAAAAACGCUACUCUUAUAAGCAAACGCACUAUUGAGUCGGUCGUUGCCGCCUAUCCAUGCAAUCAAUGGUCUAGCUGCUUUGCACAUACCAUCGAAGAAGAGUUGACUUUGAAACCGUGGGCACACUCUUCGGCAAUUCCAAAUUUUGCUGAGACUGUAGCGGAAAAUAAGUUGAUGGAGCCAUGGGAUGAUCAGGUGUUGUGA